AUGGGACAGUACAAAAGGCAAAAGCAGUGUGCUGAUGGCAAAAAGCAAAAGCAGGAUGAUGCUGAUAGAAAACUCGCCAUGUUUUUCUUCCACAAUUCUAUUCCUUUUAGUGCUGCUAAAUCCAUGUAUUAUCAGGAUAUGGUGGACGCCAUAGCUCAGUGUGGUGUAGGCUAUAAAGCACCAACUUAUGAGAAAUUAAGGAUCGGAUCACUUGCUGUGUUUUCUGUUGCAUGCCCAAAAGGAACGUUGUUCUUGAAGUCGGUUGAUGUUUCAGGUCACGAAGAUGACAGUAAUUGUUUGUUUGAGCUUUUGGAGUCAGUUGUGCUGGAAGUUGGUUUAGAAAAUGUUGUUCAGGUUAUGACAGAUGUCAGUGCUGGUUAUGUUUGUGCUGGAAGGCUUCUCACAGCGAGGUAUAGUUUUUUGUUUUGGUCUCCUUGUGUCGCUUAUUGUAUAGAUAAGAUGUUAGAGGAUAUUGGUAGACAAGAUUGGGUUAGCACAGUCCUGGAAGAUGCAAAGACAAUCACACAGUACAUUUAUAGUCAUGCCUGGAUUCUGAAUAUAAUGAAAAAGUUUACAGGUGGAAAGGAAUUAAUCAGACCAAAAAUUACUACAUUUGUCACUGAUUUCCUUUCCUUAAGAUCUAUAGUGAUGCAGGAGGAUAAUUUAAAGCACAUGUUUUCUCAUUCAGAAUGGUUGUCUUCUAUGUAUAGCAGACGUCCAGAUGCACAAGCCAUUAAGUCAUUGCUAUAUUCGGAUAGAUUUUGGAAGCAUGGGCAUGAAGCUGUGAGUGUUUCUGAGCCACUGGUUAAACUCCUAAGGAUGGUUGAUGGGGAUAUGCCUGCUAUGGGUUAA